AGGUUGGAAGAGGAGAAAAGGAGGUUGGAAGAGGAGAAAAGGAGAUUGGAAGAGGCAAGGAGGUUGGAAGAGGAGAAAAGGAGGUUGGAAGAGGAGAAAAGGAGGUUGGAAGAGGCAAGGAGAUUGGAAGAGGAGAAAAGGAGGUUGGAAGAGGAGAAAAGGAGGUUGGAAGAGGCAAGGAGGUUGGAAGAGGAGAAAAGGAGGUUGGAAGAGGAGAAAAGGAGGUUAGAAGAGGCAAGGAGGUUGGAAGAGGAGAAAAGGAGGUUGGAAGAGGCAAGGAGAUUGUUGGAAGAAGAGGCAAGGAGAUUGUUGGAAGAGGAGAAAAGGAGGUUGGAAGAGGCAAGGAGGUUGGAAGAGGCAAGGAGGUUGGAAGAGGAGGCAAGGAGGUUGGAAGAGGCAAGGAGGUUGGAAGAGGAGAAAAGGAGGUUGGAAGAGGCAAGGAGGUUGGAAGAGGCAAGGAGGUUGGAAGAGGAGAAAAGGAGGUUGGAAGAGGCAAGGAGGUUGGAAGAGGAGAAAAGGAGGUUGGAAGAGGAGAAAAGGAGGUUGGAAGAGGCAAGGAGGUUGGAAGAGGAGAAAAGGAGAUUGGAAGAGGAGAAAAGGAGGUUGGAAGAGGAGGCAAGGAGGUUGUUGGAAGAGGAGAAAAGGAGGUUGGAAGAGGCAAGGAGGUUGGAAGAGGAGAAAAGGAGGUUGGAAGAGGCAAGGAGAUUGGAAGAGGAGAAAAGGAGGUUGGAAGAGGCAAGGAGGUUGGAAGAGGAGAAAAGGAGGUUGGAAGAGGCAAGGAGGUUGGAAGAGGCAAGGAGGUUGGAAGAGGAGAAAAGGAGGUUGGAAGAGGAGAAAAGGAGGUUGGAAGAGGCAAGGAGAUUGGAAGAGGAGAAAAGGUUGGAAGAGGCAAGGAGGUUGGAAGAGGCAAGGAGAUUGGAAGAGGAGAAAAGGAGGUUGGAAGAGGCAAGGAGGUUGGAAGAGGAGAAAAGGAGGUUGGAAGAGGCAAGGAGGUUGGAAGAGGCAAGGAGAUUGGAAGAGGAGGCAAGGAGGUUGUUGGAAGAGGAGAAAAGGAGGUUGGAAGAGGCAAGGAGGUUGGAAGAGGAGAAAAGGAGGUUGGAAGAGGCAAGGAGAUUGGAAGAGGAGAAAAGGAGGUUGGAAGAGGCAAGGAGGUUGGAAGAGGAGAAAAGGAGGUUGGAAGAGGCAAGGAGGUUGGAAGAGGCAAGGAGGUUGGAAGAGGAGAAAAGGAGGUUGGAAGAGGAGAAAAGGAGGUUGGAAGAGGCAAGGAGAUUGGAAGAGGAGAAAAGGUUGGAAGAGGCAAGGAGGUUGGAAGAGGCAAGGAGAUUGGAAGAGGAGAAAAGGAGGUUGGAAGAGGCAAGGAGGUUGGAAGAGGAGAAAAGGAGGUUGGAAGAGGCAAGGAGGUUGGAAGAGGCAAGGAGAUUGGAAGAGGAGAAAAGGAGGUUGGAAGAGGAGAAAAGGAGGUUGGAAGAGGCAAGGAGAUUGUUGGAAGAAGAGGAGCUGAGUGCCUGCGACAGAGGGGCUGCUGUCUUCCUGGUGGUGGUCUUCCUUGUCCUGUGUGCCACUUUACCUCACGAGUCACGGUGCUGUGUAGUAGCUUGUGAGAGGGACAAGAUGCAGGCUGCAGCUCUGGUGUUGUUCCUGGGGGUCCUGGUGGGUCCCCUCCACGACGCCCCUGCCUUCUGA